AUGAGCUCGGCAACCUUCGAAGAGGAGCAGAGGCGCCUGUCCGGGAGCUUCCCGGUAGCAGCGGCGAUGGAGAGUCCGGGCGUGCAGGGCAUGUCCACACCCAGCAGCAAGGCCUUCUCCUCGGCCCACAGACACCUGAGCAGGAAGCAGGGGCUCUCCAAGCUUUGCCAGAGCAGGAUGACACUCUCCGGGGACAGGUGGAGCUCCUACUGUUUGUCAUCGCUAGCUGCCCAGAACAUCUGCGCCGGCAAGCUGCACCACCCUGGCCAGUCCGAGCUCUCCGAUCCUGCUAUCUCCCUAGGGAGCACUUCUUGCUGCUCCCUGUUGCGUGGCCUGCCCACGGGCCUGUCCACUCCCCUGCCACCGGCCCCCGUGGGCAACCCCAACAAGGCCAUCUUCACUGUGGAUGCCAAGACCACUGAGAUCAUGGUUGCCAACGACAAGGCCUGUGAACUCCUGGGGUACAGCAGUCACGAUCUCAUCGGCCAGAAGCUCACACGCUUCUUCCUCAAGUCUGACUCUGAAGUGGUGGAGGCCCUCAGCGAGGAGCAAGUGGAGGCUGACGGCUGUGCCGCCGUGGUGUUUGGGACGGUGGUAGACGUUGUUAGCCGCAGUGGGGAGGAGAUCCCGGUGUCUGUGUGGAUGAAGCGGAUUCGGCAGGAACGUGGCCGCUGCUGUGUGGUGGUGCUAGAACCCGUGGAGAGGGUCUCUGCGUACGUCUCCUUCCAGCAAGAUGGGAUCAUCACGUCGUGUGACAGCCUCUUUGCCCAUCUCCAUGGCUAUGCGUCCAGCGAGGAGGUGGCUGGCCAGCGCAUCACUGACCUGAUUUCCUCUAUGCAGAUCCCUGCCCCUGGCGAGCAUGUCCCCAAGAGUCUCAGGAUCCAGAGGUCUGUGGGGAGAGCGAGGGACGGCACCACGUUCCCGCUGAGCCUCAAACUCACGUGCAAGCCCGGCUCUGAGCAGACGGCAGCUGGCGUGCCCACGCUGGGCUACACAGCCUCUGUCUGGGUGUUCUGUACCAUCAGUGGGCUCAUCACCCUCCUGCCCGACGGCACUAUCUAUGGCGUCAACCACAGCUUUGCACUCAUGCUGUUGGGCUAUGCGAAGGCCGAACUCCUGGGCAAGAGCAUCACCUUCCUCAUCCCCGGUUUCUACAACUACAUGGACCUCACCUGUGACAGCUCCCUGGCCCAGGGCCCAGAUGUCAGCCACCAGAGCCCCCCUGGGGGGCUAUUGGCAGACCCCUGGCAGGGCUGGGACCUGCCUGGCGGGACUGAGGGGUCCAGCAUGAAUACUGCUUCUGAUGCCCGGCCGCUGGAGGAGAGCUUGUCGCCGGAACCUGGGGGCCACCUCAUGACCCCACGCUCGUCCCUGCCGGCCCCCACGGCAGAUACCCCAGGAGGAUGUCCUCUGGCCCAGGAGCAGCAGACCCAGCGGGGACCAGGGGAGGAGAGUCUCAGGCAGGACCAGCCCGGGGACAAGCAUGCACAUGGCACACAGGAGUUGCUCUGCACCCCAGACACAGAGGAGGACAAGAGGAGGAACGUUCAGGAGUGCGACCCGGACCCUGAGGAGCCCGUGGGCUUCAUCCCUCAGGCUGAGGCCGCUGUGUCCAAGGCCCGAGCAGCCAGCCAGCCAGCCAGAGCUGACCUCCCGACACACUGCCCCCGGUGUGGGACAGAGCUUCUUGCCCGGGGGACAGGCCUGAGCCCCCCGGGAACAGCACACAUCUCGUUGGGGACCCUGGCGCUGGAGGAGUUGUGUCUGGGUGGGAUCAGCGACAGGGAAGAACUGCAGACUUGUCUGAUCAAAGAGCAGCUGUCUGCAGAGCACCCUCUAUCACUCUGUGACUCGGGGGGCAGAGACCUGCAGUGUGGCCGCUCGGGCAGCUCCUCGGCCUGCUACGCCCUGGCCACAGACCUCCCCGGUACCCCAGAGCACACAGCCAAGCACGAUGCCAAUGUGUCCGCUUGCUCCUGGGACUUGAAGGAGCUCUUCCUCAGUGAGCAGGCAGCCCGGGCAGCCUCCAGCUGUUCCUGCCUCAUGGCAACCCCCACCCGGACGCCCUCUCCUGUGGGCAUGGGCUCUGGCCUGCAUGAGGGCAGCCUUCAGAGGCUGGACCGGGAGGGGCUGCUGCUGCUGACCGGCACCUCCUCUGACUUCAGCAUCUCCCGGGCCCACAGCCAGAUGAUGCCAUCCGAAUCCUGUCUGCUGCCCUCUCUGUACCCUGAAACCAGCCCUGGGGACCUGUUCCCACAUACAGCGCAGCUGGAGCUGGGCCUGCAGCCCACCUCCACACCCGUGAAAGGGGAACGUGUCCCCAGCCAACCCCGUGAGAUCCUGGAGGGCACCUACGCAGGCAGCUGCUACCACCGGGAUGGCUCUCGACUAAGUGUGCAGUUUGAGGUGCGGCGUGUGGAGCUCCGUGAUGCGGCCCCGCUCUUUUGCUGCUGGCUGAUGAAGGACCUGCGGCACAGCCACCGGGAUGCGGCUGCUCGGACCCGCCUGCUCUUGGCCAGUCUGCCCAGCUCCACCCACUCCAUGGCUGAGCUGCCAGGGCCCAGCCUGGGCGAGAUGCUCCGAGCCAAGCCCUGGUUUGAGGAGUCCCCCAAGGCGGCAGAGCUGGAGGGGCUGGCGGCCUGCGAGGGUGCGUACUCUCAUAAGUACAGCACACUGAGCCCCCUCGGCAGUGGAGCCUUCGGCUUCGUGUGGACUGCCCUGGACAAGGAGGCGGACAAGGAGGUUGUGGUGAAGUUUAUUAAGAAGGAGAAGGUUCUGGACGACUGCUGGGUCGAGGACCCCAAGCUUGGAAAAGUGACUCUGGAGAUUGCAGUCCUCUCCAGGGUGGAGCACACCAAUAUCAUCAAGGUGCUGGACGUGUUUGAGAACCAAGCGUUCUUCCAGCUGGUGAUGGAGAAACACGGCUCUGGGCUGGACCUUUUUGCCUUCAUUGACCAUCACCCCAACCUGGACGAGCCCCUGGCAAGCUAUAUCUUCCGGCAGCUGGUGUCAGCGGUAGGAUACCUGCACUCCAAGGGCAUCGUGCACCGGGACGUUAAGGACGAGAACAUCGUCAUCGCGGAAGACUUCACCAUCAAGCUCAUCGACUUUGGCUCCGCCGCCUACCUGGAAAAGGGGAAGCUCUUCUACACCUUCUGUGGGACCAUCGAGUACUGCGCACCCGAGGUUCUCAUGGGAAACCCGUACCAAGGCCCGGAGCUGGAGAUGUGGUCCCUGGGAGUCACCCUGUAUACCCUGAUCUUUGAGGAGAACCCCUUCUGUGAGCUGGAGGAGACUGUGGAGGCUGUGCUGAACCCCCCAUUUGUGGUGUCAAAAGAGCUCAUGGCCCUUGUGUCGGGAUUGCUGCAGCCUGCCCCCAAGCAGCGUACCACCCUGGAGAAGCUGGUGGAGGACCCGUGGGUGACGCAGCCCGUGAACCUGGCCAACUACACCUGGGAAGAGGUGUGUCGGGUGGGCAAGCCAGACAGCGGAAUCGUGGCCAGUGUGAGUGUGGAGGUCGCAAGGAGCCCAAGUGAAGGGGUGCGGGACCUGGAACUGCGUGAGGGGCCCCAGUCCGGGGACGGCUCUUAA